CACAAGCGGCCUCCCUCUUCUCUGAGCGUGUGCAAUCCAUCGCUAACAGACAGACAGAAAAAAAAAAAAAAAACCCUUCGCCCCGGUUUUUAAAUCCUCUCCUCGUAUUCGGGGAAUGACUAAACGCGGGAUGACCUUGUGUUUGACUCGUGGAUCUUUGUCUUCUUCAGAGGGAUUUUCUUGUUUCUGUACUGACCUUGUACAACAUGGCUAUUUUGGCAGUUUUUUGAGGGGUGUUUUUGUUUUUUAUGAAAUGGUCCAAAGGCAAGUUUUGGAUGUGCUCUUGUGCCUAUUUGCAGGCCAACUAUAAAUAGUCCGGCAGCCUACGCAUGCUCAUGUUUGAUUGGAAAUUGCAGUGCCUUAAGUCAGUGCUCUGGGGUAUCUGUCAAAGGAGGGCAAGAAACCGGUGAAUGCUCUCACUGUUCUCUCUGGAAACACAAAUUAGGCGGCACAAAUAUACUUUUACUUUUUUUCUUCUGGAGCAACUUUUUUUUUUUUCGCUUUAUCUGGUGAGAAAUGGGCUCACGGAAGACACCGACACGCUCCUCUUCUGGCAAUGGAAGAUACAGCAAUGGGAAUGAUAGCAGUGGGAGCAGCCGGCCCGGCGGCUGCAGCUACAUCUCCAACGUGAGGCCAGAAACCAGGAGCACCCUCUGCAGUAUGAUGGCGCAGCUGACUGAGGAAACUCAGCCCUCCUUCGAAACAACCCUCAAGUCAAGAGCUGUGUCCGAGAACUGCAACGUUAAGUUCUCUUGUGUGGUUACAGGACACCCUGUUCCUCAACUGAUUUGGUAUAAGGAUGACGUGCAGUUAGACAGAUACUGUGGACUGCCGAAAUACGAAAUAUUCCGCAAUGGACAAAACCAUAUCCUGCACAUUUACAAUUGCACUGUGGAGGAUGCAGCUAUAUACCAGGCCUCAGCCAGCAACUGUAAAGGCAUCGUGUCCUGCUCUGGUGUUCUGGAGGUGGGUGAAAUGAACGAGUUCAAGAUCCACCAGCGCUACUUUGCCAAGCUCAAACAAAAGGCUGAAAACAGACGCAGGGAAGCGGAAGGCAAAGAGAACCAGGAGCCGCUACGAACCAUCAGUCCUGACCGCACACAGAGGAAACGCCGCUCCACGAUGGAGGCCUUUCUCAGCACGCCGAGCUCCACGGAGGAUGAGGGCAACGAGGAGAGCCACCAGGCUAUAGCUGCAGACACUGUGGCCAGGUUGGCUGAGGCAGCUGUGGAAAAGGUGGAAGAAAAGCCAGUUCCCCUCACCAAUGGAGCAGUGUCUGUUGUAACUAAUGGACAGACCAUCAGUGAAAAUGCCAACAAGAGCGGUACAUAUAUAUAUGACUCCGCUCAGAAAGUUUUUACGGCACACCACCCCAAAACUCCCUUUGUCAAAAAGAAGAUUAGAAUUUCCAACAGUGCAAAAGUCGCCAAAUCAGACACACUAGGAGAGCGGGCAUCUGAAGAGAGAAGGGCCAAAGAGGAUACUGUCACCUCUGUAGCUCCAGCCUGCACAGACUCAGUACAGUCUGAGGGGACUUCAGAAGAAGUCAUGGAGGUAGAGAACACUAUUAGCUCAUCAGUUGUGGAUUCAGACUCCAGCAACAUGACAGAACAACUGAAAUCAGAAGUGUUGCUUAUUGAAAGGCCGUCAAAGGAUGUCAACAAAUGUGUUGAGGUAACUUUGCCUUCAAAGAAAGAACAUCUCCCUGCUGCCCUCACAAGUCUUUCUGUGACAGGAAGUGAAGUUAAACAAGCCGCAAAGCACGAGAAGGAAGUCGGACGUAGAGAUAAAGAACACAUCACCUCAACACAACUACAGUCGCAUGCUGCAGCAACAGCAAUGGUAAAGGAGGAUUUUUCUAAAACAGAACAUGUUACACUCAUGGAUGUUGAUGACAAGCCAAAUACUUCCACCAGUGCAUCCCUAACACACAGAGACAUUGAGUCAGUGAAAGCACUGUGUGAAGACAGGACUGAUAUACCCCAGCGUCUAUGCGAACAGGCUGGAGAUCAGGUGUCUGAGAGGGAAACAAGCCCCCGCCAAAGAAGUGCGUCUGUGCCUCAGCCAGCGCUGCCGAGUAAGGUUACACAGGCCCGUACAAUGAUGAACAGGAAUGAUGCACCUGUCAACCUUGAGCUUCCACUCCAUUGCGUGACGGAGGCACGACCACCACAAAGGGCUCCAUCAGAGGGAGAUACCUCAACAGAUGACAUCCAGACCCCUUCUUUGAACUGUGCUCUUCCAGCAGCCAUUGACAAAAUUACACAGGACACAUGGGAUCAUUCCGGGGGAUCAAAUGAAAGCCAUUCGGCCCUUUUUACAGACCCACAGAAGUCAUCCAUCCAAAGCCCCGAUGGUGGUGAGAACCCUGCUGGGUGUAACGUUUCGCCCAGCACCCUGCAAAGCCAAGUUGAUACAGCCAUAAAAACUGUUGAAGGGACAGAAAUACAAGUUGACGAGAAGGUAGAGGGUAAGGAGGUAGGUGAGUUAUUAUUGCAGUCUGAGAGUGUGGCACCGAAAGAGAAUAUAGUUGAGAUGGAGACAAAAAGUGCUGAUCUGCACGUGACUGACCACACUGAGACUGAAAAGACCAAAGAUGCAGCAGGUAAAUGCGCUGACGUAAUCGAUGUGGAUGCAACUGCUAAAGAAGCUGAGAAGAUGAAAAUGGUGGAGGAAGGUGUUUCAGAAUUACACGAUCCAAAGUCAAAUUCAUCUAAGCCUGAUAUCCCAAUCCCAGAAAACACAAACCUGUCCGAUUUCCAGGAAAUUCACAAACCUGUAACAAAAGUUAUAUCUAUAGCUGAACUUUUAAGAUCCCAGAUAAAGGCUCUUGACUCUACACUAGCGAAUUCAUUGACCACAUUACCGCUCCAUGCUGACCUUGUACAAGACCCAACCACUGCUACGGAAACCGAUGACAGCAAACGCAAAGCAGAAGUGAAGAAGUCUGCGAGGAAAAAUGGGUUAAAGAUUGACGAAAUUCCUCCAAGAAACAUCAAGGAAACACUUAUGGAGGUUUAUCAUCAACUCAAUAAAACUGAUCUGGAGCUAAUCAGACUCACUCAGACUCAAGAUGCAACUUCACCGCCUGUCCAGGCUUUACAAAAAGCUGUUGUAAUCCCACCCAUCUCUGUUGUAGACACUGGCAAGACUAGGAGUGAAAAUGUCAAACAUAACACUCUGUCGACUUCUGAGGAUAAACUGACCCACAGAUCAAACAUGGCUGAAAAUGUCGGUCACAUAUCUGGGACUCCCCUCACAGUUAAACCUGUAAAGGCCAGAAGUCAAGAGUCAAAUAUUACUGUUUUGGAACAUGCCAAGGAUGAACCUGUUCGAGGAAAGGACAUGGGAUUUAUUCAAAAGAUGACUCCAGAAAUUAAAGCCAAAACAGGGACUAAUGAAACAUUUUUAUAUCCACAGAAAAUGGAAGAAGACAACAUAAAACCCAGUUCUUUGCAGAGUGUACAGAGGUUUCCCACUAAAAGUAUGCCUGGAACAGAGAGUAAUGUUCAGUUUACUCAGCAGGACAGCCCUAUGGUUGAGGUAUUUUCACAGAAUCCAGCCCCCGAGGCUAGUCCAUUGUUAAAGAGAAGAAGCUGUGUUUCCCCCAUUCCUUCUGCUACUGCACAAGAGCUAGCCUCGGGAGCCCGACGCAAAAUCCUCAUACCCAAGGCCAAACCUGAAGAGGCCUCAGAGGCCACAUCACCUGUUGCUAGCCAAACCGAGAAAAAGGAAGUUUCCACACCAAGCAGCAAGCUGUCUCCAAGUCCUCCGACCCUCUCUACGUCCCCGAACCUGCCACGACGGUCACCUCUGCUGCAGCCGCCUGGUGAGCUAAGCUCUCCAGUGGAAAGACAUUCACCACUAUUUAGCAGGAGAAAGAUGGCACCUGAGACUCAAGCACCAAGCCAACCGCCCAGUGAGGAGAUCCACAGCCCCAAAACUGAGGGGAAACCUCCAGAGAAAAACAAGCAGGACCCAUUCAAAGCUCCUCAAGUUAUUCGCAAGAUCAGGGGCGAAACCUUUGCAGAUUCCUCAGGACACUUGAAACUGUGGUGCCAGUUCUUCAAUGUUCUCAGUGACUCUACGAUCCAGUGGUUCAAAAAUGAACAGAGGAUUGCUCAGACUAAAAGAAAUGCAGGCGAUGAAUCUCAAGCCAAUCUUGCAAUUGUCCAGGCAUCAUCCAAAGACUCGGGUGUUUACGGAUGCACAAUCACUAAUGAAUAUGGGACGGACUCUACAGACUGUCUUCUUAGUGCAGAGAUCCUGGCUGGAAUGUCCCUCCGCGAGGACCUUGGUGUUGGAGAAGAAAUCGAAAUGACACCCAUGAUAUUCAACAAGGGUGUGGGUGAUUCUGGCAUCUGGGGCAAUAAAUUCUUUGGCCGUAUAAUGAUGCAGGAAUCUCAAAUCGGUAAUGGCUGCUCACACAAAGUCUGGAGGGCGAAAGUCAUUUAUGGUCUAGAGCCUGUGUUCGAGUCAGGAAACACAUGUAUCAUUAAAGCACGCAACCCAAUCGCCUAUGAAGGGAAAGGAGAGAGCGGCCUGAUAGACAGGAACCUGGACAUUAUCAAGCAGGAGUGCAAAAUUCAGAACUUGGCUCGUGAAUACUGCAAAAUCUUCUCUGCAGAGGCACGAAGGAUAGAAAACUUCGGCCCCUCUCUGGAGGUGCUUCCGGUCUACUUGAUGUACCGACCUGCGAACACUGUUCCUUACGCCACAGUGGAGGCUGAUCUGACGGGGGUCUAUCAGAAAUACUCAGUUGUGGAUCCGUUGGGCAGAAUGGACAUGAGAACUGGCACUGAGGUGGGACAGAAGUGCAGUGCCCUGCUGCACUGGAUCUUUCAGUGGACCAACGGCAAUUUGCUACUCACACGGCUAGAAGGUGUUGAUACUAAGAUCACCAAUGUUGGAGUCUCAGUCAAAUCAACAGGGCAUCAGGGUCUACCUGUCGAAGGGAAUCCCAAAGUUUUUGAGCAGUUUGUCUCCCAGCACCAGUGUAAUUACUUCUGUGGGCUGCUCAGCCUGCGCUCCCUGAAGGUCAUGGAGUCUUUACUGACGCCAACGAAGCCCAAGGGCUCCAAGAGCCCGUUACUUCAACGUAAAAUGGCCGCCGGCUCCUCCAGCCCUCAGACCGGCAGGAAAAUUGCUGGCAGCCCCCGAAUGCCCCGGAAGACAGAGCCAGAAGGCAGAAAGACCCCCACUCAACAAAAAGCUGCUGACGCUCCCAAAGUUGUUAAGAUGGAAUAGUGUAAUUAUUACUCAUCAAAGCUCAAGGAUUUUCCUGAUUGACCAUAAAUGGUUCACGUCAGCAGAACACUGCAGGAGGAACUGGAAGAAAGAAAGAAAGCUGAUGACGCCGUUUUUUGGGAGAGGUUUAAAACUGUUCAACCCUUUAAAUAAUACGGCUUGAUGAAUUAAGUUUUACAGCCACCAUUCCUUGUCAUUAUCACUUAUUGUGGAUUGAUGCCUUCACAUGUUGUGGUGAUUAUCUAUUGUGUCCUACAUUCAGCAAAUUUUAGGCUUGAAAUCACUGUGUAGUAGUGAGUAGAAGCUUUCCUGGGUUUGUAUUCUAUCAAUCCAUGUACCACUGCAGGUCACCGAUUGUGAAUCCCAAUCUCAGGUCAGUGUUUUUGUAAGACAGAACCUUUUUUUGAACUGAAGUGGCAUUAUAUGUAGUCUAAGUGUCAUUUUAGAUGUAAAAGCACAAACCUGUAUCUUUUUUUGUCACCUUUUUGUGAAUGUAGGGGCGUCGUUAUGUCAACUGAAGUCAAACCAUGACAAGGAUGAUAGAGGAAGACCUGCGGACGCACAGCACAUUUAUUUUUCUUCCCUCUUUUUUUCAGGAAUGUAUCCAGCCGCCUGUAGCUUCACAUGACACUGUUGUACAGUGGCUAACGGUGCUGUGCUUUUAUAUUGUAACCUGUCAUGUUUACUUGCUGUUCUACAUUGCACUGCAUUUUUAGAAAACUGCACCUUCGAAUGCAACUGGCUGUAAAAUAAAAGAUACGAGUACGCCUUUUGGAGACGCUGUGAACGUGCAUGACAUUUACAUUUUAGGGCAUUUAUCAGACGCUUUUGUCCGAAGCAACUUAAAGUAAUUUCUACACUCAUACGCUGAUGGUGCCGGGCAAGCUGCCGACCAGCACAUCAGGAGCAGUUUGGGGUUCAGUAUCUUGCUCAAGGACACUUCGACAUGCACACCACAGGAAUCAAACCGGCAACCUUCCGAUAGGGACGCUGACUCUACCCCUGAACCACAGCCGCAUGACACGUGCUUUUUAAAACUCUGACCAUCAUCUUAAUAGAAAUUAGCAUAUUAUGGAGUGGGCUGAAUCACUGUAAUGAAAGCCAUCAGCAGUCACUCCUUAUCAUAUAUAUUGUCUACAAAGAAUACCUAACCCGUGUUAUCUCAGUGACCCCUUUUAUCUGAAAGGACUCCGACUCUGUCACAUUUCUUUCUGUCAGCAUACUGACAUGCAUUCAUUUUUUUUAUCUUCAAAAGCUUUUCCAUAUUUUGGAUGAAGCUACAUUAUAUUUUUGCUCAUGUUUUUUCCAUUUACAUUAGAAUUUUCCUAAAGUUGUAAAGCUGAUGCUGCAGCAUUCUGUCAAAGCACUAUCCCAUCUAGUAUCCCAUACUGUGUCUGACUGAAAGUUGAAAAGGUCAAAAUCUGCACCAACAGGAGUGGGGUCUUAAAGCAUUUUAAGACAGACAAGGAAUACAAUCCUGCAGCACCGGACAGAAUGAGAAAACUGAUGUGUUAUUUAUGUCGUAGUAUAUUUGUUGGACACCACAAGACUGGCAGUAGAGGAGGACUAGGGCUCAGGCUGGUGUCUCCGCCGGGGAGGAGACGUGACUCAUGUUUGUAUGGGCUGAAAGUUUGUGUUAGGGUGACACAGAGAAUCUCAGGUGGAGCAGUCUGGUGGCAGAGGCCAUGCAACACGGUUGGUAGAGUAGAAACCAAGGUAUUUAUCCUAGUGCUGAUUGCAUCAAUGUGCUGCAGGUUUGUGACAGGAAUCAGCUCCAGCCAGGAGCAUGUCCAGCAACUCCACAGCACCUCUGAAAAACACACAUGCACAGAAACUCCAUGAUAGGCCACAGCAAAAGUCCAAAUGUAGCAAUUUAAUUCAAACCUAUUAUAAGUGUGUGUGUGUAUCUAUGUAUACAAGCACAGACACAUAUAUAUUUAUGAAUUAAUGUGAAAAUAUGUCAUGCCAUCUGUAUGAUGUACAAUCAGUAAUGCCAAAUAAAAUCCCAUAAUAUGUCAAGCCA